CAGGAACCUUUUUUUUAUUUCACCUUAUGGAAGGCAAAUAUGGUUCUUCUGUGAGGGUGUUUUUCAGAAGCAGAAAUUUGUGCACUGGUCAGAUUAGAAGAAAAGCUGAUUGAAGCAAUACACUGAGAUAUCCUUCAUUAAAACUCUAUUCCUGAGUGUUUAGAAAGAGUGAUCGUCUCAAUAAAGUUACACAAAUGUUUUUUUUUUAUUUUUUUUUUUGGAAUGUAGAUUGAUGUGUGAAAAAAAGUGAGGUAUUUUAGCAUAAGGCUGCAUCUGAAUACAUCUAGACACUAACAUUACAACCACUGACAACUGAAGUGCAACAGUAAUAAUUUAAUAAUAGACAUUAAUUAAAUAAAUGUGUUUGUAUUUAUCUCCAAUGAGCAAUGAGCAAGUCUGAAGUUACUGAGGCGACUGUGGCAAGGAUAGAAGAGGAAGAAUCAGACUCAAAAGGGAACCUCAUCCUCAUUUGGGUUACACUGGAGGGUGUGAUUAUAAAUAUACAGAUUGACAAUUGUAUAUAGGUUGUGUAAGGUUGUGUAUAGGUUAUGUAAGUACAUUAUCAGGAUCAAUGCAUGACACAUACAGUAGUACAACACUUUUAUUUUAAUGUUGCAACAAUGCCCACAUGUCAUCACAUCACUUCCUUAAAUUGCAGCAGCAUGGUAAUUCAAUUUCAUAGCGCACACGCCACACUCGAGUAAAGAAGUACAGCAGUACAUUAGUGCUCUCAGAGUUUUAGUGAAGAGAUUAGAUUUUAAAAAUGUUUUGUUUCUGCAUGGAGGAGAUGAAGAGAGAUGACGAGGACAUGACGGUGGUCAACUAUACAAUCAUAACCGAUUAUGAAAGCAUCGAAACCGAGGACAUCAAAACAAAGAGUCACAGACAAAUUCAACACACAGAAUUCAACGCUGCUGGAAGAAACUGUUACAGACUGACUGCAGUGUGUGCGGUGCUGAUGUGUAUCCUCCUGCUGACUGCCGUCACUAUGCUGUGGGUCAAAUACAACAUCGUGUCUAGAGAACAAGACCAGUUAGAGCAGGAGAGAUCUGCUAUGCACCAUGUGCUGUUAAACUUUGGAUGGAGAGUUUUCAAACAGAAUAUUUAUUACAUUUCUACUGAAAAGAAGAACUGGACUGAGAGCAGACAGGACUGUAUAAAGAGAGGAGCAGAUCUGGUGAUCAUAAACAGUACAGAGGAACAGGAGUUCAUCAGUAAAUAUUCCAAUGGUUCUCACGCUUGGAUUGGUCUGACUGACAUAGACACAGAGGGGACAUUUAAAUGGGUGGACGGUUCACCACUGACCACUGAGUUCUGGUGGGUCGGAGAACCAAACGAUGUUGCAAAAAAUGAGGACUGUGUUAUAACAGGCUUUAGAAUGGCUAAGUCUAACAUCUCAACCUGGAAUGAUUAUAACUGUGGCUUCUUUGAAGUUGGGAUUUGUGAGAUGAACAUAUUUAACUGAGCACAUGAAGUUCACUUGCUGAAAUAGGAAUCUUUUUUUAAAUGAUAAUAAUACUGUUUGUUUUGAACACAUGAAGUCAUCCUUUUACAUUUAGAUAGCGAGUUGUGUGAAAAAAAACUGUAAAGUCUGACAUGUAAUAGAUGGCAGAAAAUUCAAUUUUUUUUUUUUUAGAUAUUUAACUGUUUAAACAAAAUCUACAUUUUGUUUUGAUAAGCAUUAACAUAUAGGAUUUUUUAUAUAUAUAACCAGAGGUUUAUGGCAAAUUGCUUAUUUUAAAAACAAAAUUUGGAAAUGAAUACAAUACAUUUUGUUUUGCUUUGUUUUUAAUAAAGUACAUAUUUAUACUUUAUUCACACGUGAGUAGAUAAAUGCAAUCAGCAAAGAUGUCCCUGCAAAAAAAAAUCUAAUCUAGUCAGCCCAUGAAGGCAGCCAUAUUGGAAAAGGCCUGCUAUUGACUGCAGAGCAUGAAUAAAUCCGCCAGGGGGCAUAAACAAUUAUCAGAUUAUAUUCAACAGGUUUGUUGAUAAUAUGAGUGGUGCAGAGGUCUCAGAAUUUAAAUAUGAUACAAAUUGUUUUAUAGGGUUAUGUUUCCUUGUAAUUGGGUUCUCUGAAUAAGGACGUUUGCCAAAUUUCUGUAAGACCAGCUGUUUUUAGAGAUGCUCGGACACACUAAAUUUGAAGUGUUGUAGCAAAUGGUCUGAAUGCUUAUGCCAGUGUGAUGUUCUAGUUGUACUUUUUAAUAAAUUUGCAAAGUUAUAACAA